UGCACUACAGUGCUGUGUGGGCAGGAGGGAACCAGAGUUUUUUUGUACAUUUUGUCUUGAGGAGAUACGUGUAGAAGGUGGAAAGGAUGGAGGAAGGUUUCCCCUUCGUGUACCCGGUGUCUGACUUCUUGAUGACCUUUUUUGGACUCGUCCUGUUCGCUGUCGAUGUGAUCCUUGAUGUACAGCUGGUGGUGUCUUUUUAUGAGGAGAAGGCCUUCGUCUGGAUGGGGGUGGUCGUGUUCCUGCUUCUGGUCUCCUCGGGGAUCGUUCAGCUCUUCAGCUGCCUGUGGUAUUACGCUGACAGCCAGAUGCUGGAGAGCGUCGCUGAAAACUGCAUGAGGAAGCGGCACAUUCUGGUUCUUACUCAUCUUCUGCAUUUGGCAGUGCCUCUCAGGUAUGUCAGCCUACUGGAUAUCUCGUGCCGUAACUUCCGGAGCAAAAACCCCUACUUGGAAGGUGUAGCUGUUUACCUGAACCAUGACCUCAGUAUGCUGCGGCUCUUUGAGACUUUCUCUGAGAGCGCUCCCCAACUGGUGCUCAUGAUCGUCAUCUACAUUCAGAAGCACGAGCUGAGCCUUCUCACAUGUCUGAAGGCACUGUGUUCAGCAGGAGCCAUCGCCUUCAGUGUGGCUAUGUACCACCGCUCCAUGCGCUCCUUCUUGCCAGCCAAGGAGAAACAGGGUUUUGGCUCCUCUGUCGUCUACUUUGUAUGGAACCUGCUGCUGAUUGGGCCUCGUGUGGUGGCCCUGGCUCUCUUUGCCUGCGUCUUGCCUUGUCACACUGCGGUCCACUUUGUGAGUCUGUGGCUUCCACUGGUUCUCUGGGCCUGGAUGCAGGGCACUGACUUAAUGGACAACCUGGCUGGUGAGUGGCUCUUCCGGGCCGCCAUUGGCCUCAUCUGGUACUUCAGCUGGUUUAAUGUGGCUAAGGGAGGCAGUCUCUGGCGGAGCAUUAUCUACCAUUCUUUUACCAUGGUGGACGUGGGCUUCCUCCUGGGACUGUGGUGGUACUGGCAGGAAGAACAGAGGGAGCCCCAUGUGAUCUGCAGCACAGUCCUCUCAUGCUACAUCUUGGGAUUGGUACUCAAAGUCAUUUAUUACAAAUGGUUCCACCCCAGGAAGCCUGUGCUGCGCACCACACUUGAUAUACUUGAGUUUUCAGAAGAUGAGGUGGAUUUUCGCUCAUUGCCACUGACUCCAGAUGUUGGGGCAACACCUUCUGUGGAGGCAGGAAGAGUUGUGCCCAUCAUGGUCAACAAGAGGAUGAGGAACCUGGCUGUGAACUUCUACUCCCCUUCUGCAGAACCGGAGAGGGGAGGUGCCCCUUUAACCUGA